AUGGGUUUUGAACAUCCUAGAGUGGACCCUAGCGGAGAAGUAGCGAAGCCGUCCGAUGAUUCUGAUCUUUCAUCUGAGCCUUAUGAUGAUGGUAUAUUGAUGGCUCAUAUGCUGGAGAUUUUUUCGGGAUUAUUAUUGCCUUCAAACUUGUUGUAUGAAUCUGCUCAUGACGAUGUGUUAGACUUCAUCACUUGCUUUUUGGUCGUCCAUCGGUUAUGGUGGUGGAUGUGCACGGCCGUGGUUUGGAAAACUUGGUGCACAUGGAACAUCUAUGCAACCGUGGAGAAGAUGGAUAAUGAGGAUCUGGGAUCUAUUGACAAGAAGAUGGAUAAUAACUUGAAUUUAAAUUUUCAAAUUUUAUGGAAAAAAUCUUACGGACAAAUCUCUAUUGGGCGUGAAUCAAGGGGUCUUUGGAUCAAUCAGAUGGAAUCCGUUAUGCCAUCCAAUCGAGUCCUUGCCCGCGAGCUGGUGGACUUGAUAGAAAAAAGGCUGGGUGAUCGGCUCCAGAAGAUCGAGAAAGACAAUGCCAAUGUUAUUAAGCUGCUCAAGGAUUAUGAACUCUGGACUGGAACCUCGCAAGGUGGUAGCCACCUUAGAAAGGGGGUGACCAACCGGGGACACCCGCAUGAUACGUUCCCAAGAACUCUCGGGAAGUCUGCUCCAAGAUGA